UUUGUCUACCUUGUGCUUUUUUUUAAAGAGCAGGUACAAUCGGGAGCUUGCUACUGUUAGCUGGUUACAGCUAGCUAGUUAACGUUCCUACAGUAACUUGUAAUCUCUUUGUGUGUGUAACCUACUUUAGUUAGAUAACGUUAGUAGUUGACCGGCAGAGUGAAAUAUUGUUUACACUAUAUAUAGUCUUCCAAUGCCAUGAAGAAAUGUCAGUCAAAAAGCACGUUAGUCACACAAUAAUGGGGGACCGCUGCCGGUUUACGGGCUCCUAACCAACUCUGCUAUUUGUUUUUUUCGCAUUGUUUGUGACUAAUUUUGUACGUAAUGUGACUGUUACCGUCUCUUAUGACUGAAAAGAGCCUCUGGACAUCAGAACAUCGAUUACUCACCACGAACUGGACGAAUAUUUUUUUUCUUUAAAGAGUCACGAAGGAUAUACUGAUUUGUCGAGACAAGGCCCAAAUCCCCAUCAUCAGCUUGAAGAAAAGGCGGGGAGGGGUGCCUUGUAAAAAUGCCCCCAACAAGUAGAUAAACCACCACUACCCUCGUAUUAUUGGCCAACAUGCAAUCAUUGGAAAAUAAACUGUACAACCUACGAUUUAAGACUGACCUACCAACGGACAUUAACUGUAUUAUAAACUGGGUGGUUUGAGCCCUGAUUGCUCAUUGGCUGACAGCUGUGGCAUAUUAGACCAUAUACCAAGGUUUGUCACCUCAGUGGUGGCUUGCUCACCUGGUGAAAUGAAACAAGAAAUCAAUGGCAAGAAAGAAACCGUUAAAGGCUUCAAUGUCAAGCUACAAGACACCAUAUUGUUUCCUGAGGGAGGUGGUCAGCCAGAUGACCACGGGCUGAUUGGAGAUGUGCCGGUGCUGCGGGUGACGAGGCAGGGAGCUGAGGCUGUGCACUUUGUGAGUUCAGCUCUAGAGGUGGGCCAGGAGGUGCAGCUGAAGGUGGACUGGGAGCGGAGGUUUGACCACAUGCAGCAACACUCAGGGCAACAUCUAAUCACAGCUAUUGCAGAAUCCAUGUUUGGGUACAAGACCACAUCCUGGGAGUUGGGGCGUCAGCGCAGCACCAUAGAGCUGGACACUCCCUCUAUGAAGCCUGCCCAGAUGGAGGCCCUCGAGGUAGCAGUCAAUGAGAAGAUACGUGCUCAUGUUCCCGUCGCUGUUCAGGUCCUCUCCUUAGAUGACCCUGCAUUGGAACAGGUGAGGAGUCGCGGUCUCCCGGACGACGCAGCGGGGCCUAUCCGGAUCAUCGACAUCGAGGGCGUUGACGUCAACAUGUGCUGUGGGACCCACGUGUCCAACCUCAGUCACUUACAGGUCAUAAAACUCCUGGGGACUGAGAAAGGAAAGAAGAACAAAACAAAUCUGUUAUUUCUAGUGGGUAACCGGGUCCUGAAGUAUGCUGAGAAAAGCUACAGCACAGAACGCUCACUGGUAUCCCUCCUCAAAACGGGCCCAGAUUAUCAUGUUGAUACAGUGGACAAGAUCCAGAAGACUGUUAAGGGUCUACAGAAAAGUAACCUGGGCCUACUGAGAGACGUGGCUGUUCUAAUAGCCCAGAACUUCAAGUCCAACCCAGAGAGGGGCAACUUCUUUACCUUACACAAGAAGGAGGGUGACAACGAGUUCAUGAGCAUCAUAGCCAAUGAAAUAGGCACUGAGGAGACGUUGGUUUUCCUGACUGUUGGAGAGGAGAAAGGACCAGGGCUGUUCCUGCUGGCAGGACCCAGUGGGAAAGUGUCUGAACUGGGACCACGAGUGCUGGAGAUGCUCCAGGGCAAAGGGGCUGGGAAGAACGGGCGCUUCCAGGGCAAAGUAAACAGCAUGGCACGCCGAGGGGAGGUGGAGACCCUAAUACAGGAACACUGCAAGAACGAGCAGUAAUGGAUGACUGGAAACUCAAGCACAUGAUGACCACAACUACAUACAGACAACAUAGGUGACCCACUGCAAUUCUCAACCAGCUUUCCUAGUAGGUUGACAUUUAUUCCGCUAGAUAGGCCAGCUGCAUAGUCAAAAUAGGCUAUAUUGUAAAAUUAAUAAAAACAAAAAUGAGCUUUUUUGGUCUUAAUUUAAGGUUAGGGUUAGCGGUGUGGUUAGGUUUAAAAUCAGAUUUGAUGACUUUGUGGCUGUGCCUGCUAGUGACCACUCCAGAACUAUGCAAAAUACAUCACAAUAAAUUCCAAAAUGAGCUUUGCUAAGUAAUGAUACUUCUACCUCGGUGUACAGUCUAAAUCAAGGAACUGUGUACAUGGAGUGUACAAAACAUUAAGAACACCUUCCUAAUCAGUUGCACCCCCCUUUGCCCUCAGACUAGCCUCUACAAGGUGUU